UUAUUUUCCCUCAAAACAAACAAAAACCCAAACCCCAAAUCACUUUCCCAGAAAAAUAACCAUCCAAAUGGAGAGCAACCAGCAGCCCCCACAGUCCUCCCCCUACCCUCCUCAGCCACCUUACCACCACCUCCUCCAACAGCAACAACAACAGCUCCAGAUGUUCUGGAACUACCAGCGCCAAGAAAUCGAACAAGUCAACGACUUCAAAAACCACCAGCUCCCACUCGCCCGCAUCAAGAAGAUCAUGAAGGCCGACGAGGACGUCCGCAUGAUCUCCGCCGAGGCUCCGAUCCUCUUCGCCAAGGCCUGCGAGCUCUUCAUCCUCGAGCUCACAAUCCGGUCGUGGCUUCACGCCGAGGAGAACAAGCGCCGGACCCUCCAGAAGAACGACAUCGCGGCGGCGAUUACCCGGACCGAUAUCUUCGAUUUCUUGGUGGACAUUGUGCCAAGAGACGAGAUCAAGGACGAGGCGGGGUUGGGGAUGGUGGGUUCGACGGCCAGUGGGGUGCCGUAUUAUUAUCCGCCGAUGGGUCAUCCGGCGCCGCCGGGGGUGAUGAUGGGUCGACCGGCGAUGGAUCCGGGGAUGUACGUGCAACCGCCGUCGCAGGCGUGGCAGUCGGUGUGGCAGACGGCGGCGGAGGAUGGGUCGUAUGGGAGUGGAGGGAGCAAUGGGCAGGGGAAUCUCGACGGGCAAAGUUAGACGGCUCAUCUGCAGAUGCUUAUCGUGCUGAGUGGCACAAUGGAAGACUCAAGUUUGUUAUUGGUACUUGGAGUUCUUAAUUAUUAAUUACAAAAUUGGUAAUGCACUUAGAGUGCUAUUAUAUGUGAAAGGCUUUGCUAUAAUGAUUUGAUAAUGUUAGAAACCGAUAAAAACUUGAUUGUGUGCAGUUACAAGAUGCUUCUGUGAUUCAUCUUAUGAUAAUUUAUGUGCAGUUCUAACUUUUAA